CCCCAGUCUGGGGGGUGGGCACUUGCUCUGCUGCCCUGGCUUCCUAUAAAAGGUCUGCCUGAGCUGCUGAGCAUCCCUGCAGAGGAUCCUGAGACAGCGCAUGCUCUCCCACAGCCUCUGCCUCAGGAACCAUGAAGAUCUCCGUGGCUGCCCUCACUGCCAUCCUCACUGCUGCCGCCCUCUGCACUCCCGCGUCUGCCUCCCCAUAUGGCUCGGACACCACUCCCUGCUGCUUUACCUACCGCUCCACGCAGCUGCCUCGUGACCAUGUCAAGGAGUAUUUCUACACCAGCAGCAAGUGCUCCAAUCUUGCAGUUGUCUUUGUCACUCGAAGGAACCGCCAGGUGUGUGCCAACCCAAAGAAGAAGUGGGUUCGAGAAUACAUCAACUAUUUGGAGAUGAACUCCAAAUAGUUUCUUGAUCCUGAUCCUGUAUAACUCACACACACACACACACACACACACACACACACACACACACUGCUUGCUCUAGUCCUAACCAGCUUUGGGAUGCCACUCAGCAACUCCACUCACUCUUGAGAAGGCACAGAUGCUUUCUUACCACAGAGAUUAUAACAAAGUCCUCUCCUAAAGCCUGGAAGGUGUACCGAGGCUCUGCCAUGACCACAGGAAGUCUCCAGACUCUGAGCUUCAGGCUCCUCAACUUGGCCGUGGUUUUGGGAGCAUUAAAGAAGCCUAUGUGUCUCUCAAGCAAAGAAGGAAAAUAGAAAUCCCAUAUGCAAAUGUUCAUAUCUCAGGCCCUCAUAAGCUUUGUACUGCUAAGCCAAUAAAUCAGCAUGUCGUUAAAAUUUCUGAUGCAAGGACAAAA